CGGUCGAGGCUGGAGUGCAAGGUGCUUCUUAGUGCAGAGUCGCUGCGAGUUACGGGCCUUUAGUGUAUUUGUUAUAAGUUGGUGUCUGUUUCCACAACAGAUGUCAGUUAUUUAAAGGUUGGCUACCAUGGCAGAGGUGAGGGCAAAAGCAUUGUAUGAAUUCACCGGUGAUCCAAAAGGAGGUGAACUCAGUUUUGAACAGGAUGACCUUCUUGUUAUCUUGAGACAGGACAUUGGGGAUGGCUGGUGGGAAGCUCGCAGCUCCAGUGGAGAACAAGGCCUCAUUCCAGAAUCCUAUGUUGAAAUCUAUUCUCUUCCAGAACCAUCUUUUCCUCCACCUCCUGUCCCUCAACAGUUUCAGAACAGCAGUUACCAAUAUAAUGAUGUCACAAGGAACCAUGGUAGUGGAAGUUUUAUCUCCCAGCCAAUCCAGCCAUCGGCACCCCCCAAACAAGCCAGUUUUGACGAUUGGGACGAUGAUGAUUGGGAUGAUGACUAUGAUGAUGAUGCUUCUAGUUGCGGCACUGCAACAACACAGAAUGUCACUAACAACAAUCACCAACCAGACUCCCAAUCAAUCCAAUCACACGAGACCAAGAACUCCACACUACACACAGCUAGCUAUGGCACCAUAAAAAAGAAUUACAGCAGAUUUUCGCAGUUUUCUCGGAGUGGAGGUGAAUCCUUCUUGAUGGGUACAGUGACUUGUGCAGUUCAUGAUAGUGACUGCGUAAAAAUCAUUAAUGGUAUGUAUGGUCCUGAAUGGGAAAUGAAAUCAGAAUACACAUGUGAAUUGAGGGAUCCAAAGAAAGAAAGUAAAUUGAAGGGAUUAAAAAGUUUUGUUGCUUACCAACUGAUUCCCUCAUUCUGUAAUAUUGCUGUUAGCCGUAGAUAUAAACAUUUUGAUUGGUUACAUGAGCGUUUAGAAGAAAAAUUCCCUUGUAUUCCAAUUCCUCCGUUACCUGAAAAGGUUAUUUCAGGACGUUAUGAGACAGAAUUUAUUUCUGAACGUAUGAAACUGUUGCAGCAAUGGAUUAAUAGAAUGGUUCAGCACCCUGUUAUUUCUCAGUGCGAUGUCUUCUUUCAUUUUCUCACAUGUACAGAUGAAAAGAAAUGGAAGCAAGGGAAAAGAAAGGCUGAGAAAGAUGAAUAUAUGGGUGGUAAAUAUUUCCUGACAAUUCGAAACCCUUCAAAUUUAGAUAUGAACGAAACGGAAGAAAAACUAGAAAACUUUUCCAAGUUUGUUCGGAACAUGGAUGAUAAUGUUAAACAUCUGCUGAAUGUCUUUCAUGAUAACAUGAAGAAACACCAAGCGCCUUUCAAAAGGGAAUAUCAGAAAAUUGGUGGUGCUUUUAAGAACAUGGCUGCAACAUACGCUUCUGACGAUCUGGUUUAUUCUAAAAAUUUAACAACUGCUAUCGAUCACACUGGAGAUGCUUACAACACAAUUGGAGAAAUGUAUGCUGCACAACCUCCAAAAGACAGUAUCAGCCUUAUGGAAGGCCUUAAUGAAUACAAAGGGAUUUUGUCUGUUUAUCCAGAUGUCCUAAAAGUGCACGAAGGAGCGAUGGGCAAGCUGAAAGAAUGCCAGAAACAAGUGGAUGAUGGGAAACUUGUUGAAUCAGAAAUGCAGAAUAUCUUGCUUCGAUCUGACACCAUUUCUUAUGCUACUUUGGCAGAGAUGAACCACUUCCAUCAGGAACGAGUUCGAGACUCCAAAGCGUUGAUGCAAAACUUCUUAAGACAGCAAAUCAUUUUCUAUCAAAACAUUACAAGCCAACUGGAAGAAAGCCUCAAGAUGUAUGAAACCGCAUGAAGGAUUUUAUUCUCAUUUACUAUGUUUUGGAGUCAAGUAUUUUAUAUACAAAUAUAUAUGUAUAUAUAUAUAUAUGUUUCAUUGUGUGAAGCUAUGAGAAAUGAAUGAACACCACUGCUAUGCAAAUGGUCCUCACCUCCAACUUGCCAGCCUCCCCUCCUCUUUGAUUUAACCAAUCACCUACCCACCCCAGCCCUCUUGGCACCAUUCAUCAUCAAAUGGUAAUUGCAUGUACAUAUGUGUACCAUGGCUAUACACACUCACACACACACACACACACACAUAUAUAUAUUGAACUGUCAAACAAGGGCCAUUUGUCUGUCUCAUUGAAGGUGUUCUAAGGUCAACCAUGCUGUUGGCAAAACUGCUGCCUCUGAAAAAAUAUAUGGAAAUAAUAAAAAAGCAAAAAGGUACCGUGGCUUGGUUCUUAAAAGAAAAGCAACAUUUUAAUCCAUAUUAAUCCUCCUGUGUUUAGUUCACAUUUAGCUGACAAGUUUCCCUGUCUACCCCACCCACCCAGGUACUUAGCUGUUUUGUACUCCGAUUCACUUCUUUCUCCGUAAAUAUCAUUGACUUGACCCAAAAAAAAAAAAAAGAGAAGAAAAACAGAAAAAAAUGUGAAAAAAUUGUGCUGAAAAUGACAGCUGGUUCUUCAUAUUUGGAGUGGGUGGGGGUGGGGUGGAUGGCGGUAAACAAGAAAAAGAAGAAGACUAACAAUAAGACACCAAAAACAAUCAACAAACACAAA